CAGGGGCCACCAGCAGGGGCCACCAGCAGGGGCCACCAGCAGGGGCCACCAGCAGGGGCCACCACAAGGGGCCCCAGCGGGCCACCAGCAGGGGCCACCAGCAGGGGCCACCAGCAGGGGCCACCAGCAGGGGCCACCACAGGGCCACCAGCAGGGGCCACCAGCAGGGUGCCACCAGCAGGGGCCACCAGCAGGGGCCACCAGCAGGGGCCACCAGCAGGGGCCACCAGCAGGGGCCACCAGCAGGGGCCACCAGCAGGGGCCACCAGCAGGGGCCACCAGCAGGGGCCACCAGCAGGGGCCACCAGCAGGGGCCACCAGCAGGGGCCACCAGCAGGGGCCACCAGCAGGGGCCACCAGCAGGGGCCACCAGCAGGGGCCACCAGCAGGGGCCACCAGCAGGGGCCACCAGCAGGGGCCACCAGCAGGGGCCACCAGCAGGGGCCACCAGCAGGGGCCACCAGCAGGGGCCACCAGCAGGGGCCACCAGCAGGGGCCACCAGCAGGGGCCACCAGCAGGGGCCACCAGCAGGGGCCACCAGCAGGGGCCACCAGCAGGGGCCACCAGCAGGGGCCACCAGCAGGGGCCACCAGCAGGGGCCACCAGCAGGGGCCACCAGCAGGGGCCACCAGCAGGGGCCACCAGCAGGGGCCACCAGCAGGGGCCACCAGCAGGGGCCACCAGCAGGGGCCACCAGCAGGGGCCACCAGCAGGGGCCACCAGCAGGGGCCACCAGCAGGGGCCACCAGCAGGGGCCACCAGCAGGGGCCACCAGCAGGGGCCACCAGCAGGGGCCACCAGCAGGGGCCACCAGCAGGGGCCACCAGCAGGGGCCACCAGCAGGGGCCACCAGCAGGGGCCACCAGCAGGGGCCACCAGCAGGGGCCACCAGCAGGGGCCACCAGCAGGGGCCACCAGCAGGGGCCACCAGCAGGGGCCACCAGCAGGGGCCACCAGCAGGGGCCACCAGCAGGGGCCACCAGCAGGGGCCACCAGCAGGGGCCACCAGCAGGGGCCACCAGCAGGGGCCACCAGCAGGGGCCACCAGCAGGGGCCACCAGCAGGGGCCACCAGCAGGGGCCACCAGCAGGGGCCACCAGCAGGGGCCACCAGCAGGGGCCACCAGCAGGGGCCACCAGCAGGGGCCACCAGCAGGGGCCACCAGCAGGGGCCACCAGCAGGGGCCACCAGCAGGGGCCACCAGCAGGGGCCACCAGCAGGGGCCACCAGCAGGGGCCACCAGCAGGGGCCACCAGCAGGGGCCACCAGCAGGGGCCACCAGCAGGGGCCACCAGCAGGGGCCACCAGCAGGGGCCACCAGCAGGGGCCACCAGCAGGGGCCACCAGCAGGGGCCACCAGCAGGGGCCACCAGCAGGGGCCACCAGCAGGGGCCACCAGCAGGGGCCACCAGCAGGGGCCACCAGCAGGGGCCACCAGCAGGGGCCACCAGCAGGGGCCACCAGCAGGGGCCACCAGCAGGGGCCACCAGCAGGGGCCACCAGCAGGGGCCACCAGCAGGGGCCACCAGCAGGGGCCACCAGCAGGGGCCACCAGCAGGGGCCACCAGCAGGGGCCACCAGCAGGGGCCACCAGCAGGGGCCACCAGCAGGGGCCACCAGCAGGGGCCACCAGCAGGGGCCACCAGCAGGGGCCACCAGCAGGGGCCACCAGCAGGGGCCACCAGCAGGGGCCACCAGCAGGGGCCACCAGCAGGGGCCACCAGCAGGGGCCACCAGCAGGGGCCACCAGCAGGGGCCACCAGCAGGGGCCACCAGCAGGGGCCACCAGCAGGGGCCACCAGCAGGGGCCACCAGCAGGGGCCACCAGCAGGGGCCACCAGCAGGGGCCACCAGCAGGGGCCACCAGCAGGGGCCACCAGCAGGGGCCACCAGCAGGGGCCACCAGCAGGGGCCACCAGCAGGGGCCACCAGCAGGGGCCACCAGCAGGGGCCACCAGCAGGGGCCACCAGCAGGGGCCACCAGCAGGGGCCACCAGCAGGGGCCACCAGCAGGGGCCACCAGCAGGGGCCACCAGCAGGGGCCACCAGCAGGGGCCACCAGCAGGGGCCACCAGCAGGGGCCACCAGCAGGGGCCACCAGCAGGGGCCACCAGCAGGGGCCACCAGCAGGGGCCACCAGCAGGGGCCACCAGCAGGGGCCACCAGCAGGGGCCACCAGCAGGGGCCACCAGCAGGGGCCACCAGCAGGGGCCACCAGCAGGGGCCACCAGCAGGGGCCACCAGCAGGGGCCACCAGCAGGGGCCACCAGCAGGGGCCACCAGCAGGGGCCACCAGCAGGGGCCACCAGCAGGGGCCACCAGCAGGGGCCACCAGCAGGGGCCACCAGCAGGGGCCACCAGCAGGGGCCACCAGCAGGGGCCACCAGCAGGGGCCACCAGCAGGGGCCACCAGCAGGGGCCACCAGCAGGGGCCACCAGCAGGGGCCACCAGCAGGGGCCACCAGCAGGGGCCACCAGCAGGGGCCACCAGCAGGGGCCACCAGCAGGGGCCACCAGCAGGGGCCACCAGCAGGGGCCACCAGCAGGGGCCACCAGCAGGGGCCACCAGCAGGGGCCACCAGCAGGGGCCACCAGCAGGGGCCACCAGCAGGGGCCACCAGCAGGGGCCAUCAGCAGGGGCCACCAGCAGGGGCCCACCAGCAGGGGCCACCAGCAGGGGCCACCAGGCAGGGGCCACCAGCAGGGGGCCACCAGCAGGGGCCCAGCAGGGGCCACCAGCAGGGGCCACCAGCAGGGGCCACCAGCAGGGGCACCAGCAGGGGCCACCAGCAGGUGGCCACCAGCAGGGGCCACCAGCAGGGGCCACCAGCAGGGGCCACCAGCAGCAGGGGGCCACCAGCAGGGGCCACAGCAGGGGCCACCAGCGGGGCCACCAGCAAGGGGCCACCAGCAGGUGCCACAGCAGGGGCCACCAGCAGGGGCCACCAGCAGGGGCCACCAGCAGGGGCCACCAGCAGGGGCCACCAGCAGGGGCCACCAGCAGGGGCCACCAGCAGGGGCCACCAGCAGGGGCCACCAGCAGGGGCCACCAGCAGGGGCCACCAGCAGGGGCCACCAGCAGGGGCCACCAGCAGGGGCCACCAGGCAGGGGCCACCAGCAGGGGCCACCAGCAGGGGCCACCAGCAGGGGCCACCAGCAGGGGCCACCAGCAGGGGCCACCAGCAGGGGCCACCAGCAGGGGCCACCAGGCAGGGGCCACCAGCAGGGCCACCAGCAGGGCCACCAGCAGGGGCCACCAGCAGGGGCCACCAGCAGGGGCCACCAGCAGGGGCCACCAGCAGGGGCCACCAGCAGGGGCCACCAGCAGGGGCCACCAGCAGGGGCCACCAGCAGGGCCACCAGCAGGGGCCACCAGCAGGGGCCACCAGCAGGGGCCACCAGCAGGGGCCACCAGCAGGGGCCACCAGCAGGGGCCACCAGCAGGGGGCCACCAGCAGGGGCCACCAGCACGGGGCCACCAGCAGGGAGCCACCAGCAGGGGCCACCAGCAGGGGCCACCAGCAGGGGCCACCAGCAGCGCGGCCACCAGCAGGGGGCCACCAGCAGGGGCCACCAGCAGGGGCCACAGCAGGGGGCCACCAGCAGGGGCCACCAGCAGGGGCCACCAGCAGGGGCACCAGCAGGGGCCACCAGCAGGGGCCCACCAGCAGGGGCCACCCAGGGGCCACCAGCAGGGGCCACCACAGGGGCCACCAGCAGGGGCCACCAGCAGGGGCCACCAGCAGGGGCCACCAGCAGGGGCCACCAGCAGGGGCCACCAGCAGGGGGCCACCCAGCAGGGGCCACCAGCAGGGGCCACCAGCAGGGGCCACCAGCAGGGGCCACCAGCAGGGGCCACCAGCAGGGGCCACCAGCAGGGGCCACCAGCAGGGGCCACCAGCAGGGGCCACCAGCAGGGGCCACCAGCAGGGGCCACCAGCAGGGGCCACCAGCAGGGGCCACCAGCAGGGGCCACCAGCAGGGGCACACCAGCAGGGGCCACCAGCAGGGGCCACCAGCAGGGGCCACCAGCAGGGGCCACCAGCAGGGGCCACCAGCAGGGGCCACCAGCAGGGGCCACCAGCAGGGGCCACCAGCAGGGGCCACCAGCAGGGGCCACCAGCAGGGGCCACCAGCAGGGGCCACCAGCAGGGGCCACCAGCAGGGGCCACCAGCAGGGGCCACCAGCAGGGGCCACCAGCAGGGGCCACCAGCAGGGGCCACCAGCAGGGGCCACCAGCAGGGGCCACCAGCAGGGGCCACCAGCAGGGGCCACCAGCAGGGGCCACCAGCAGGGGCCACCAGCAGGGGCCACCAGCAGGGGCCACCAGCAGGGGCCACCAGCAGGGGCCACCAGCAGGGGCCACCAGCAGGGGCCACCAGCAGGGGCCACCAGCAGGGGCCACCAGCAGGGGCCACCAGCAGGGGCCACCAGCAGGGGCCACCAGCAGGGGCCACCAGCAGGGGCCACCAGCAGGGGCCACCAGCAGGGGCCACCAGCAGGGGCCACCAGCAGGGGCCACCAGCAGGGGCCACCAGCAGGGGCCACCAGCAGGGGCCACCAGCAGGGGCCACCAGCAGGGGCCACCAGCAGGGGCCACCAGCAGGGGCCACCAGCAGGGGCCACCAGCAGGGGCCACCAGCAGGGGCCACCAGCAGGGGCCACCAGCAGGGGCCACCAGCAGGGGCCACCAGCAGGGGCCACCAGCAGGGGCCACCAGCAGGGGCCACCAGCAGGGGCCACCAGCAGGGGCCACCAGCAGGGGCCACCAGCAGGGGCCACCAGCAGGGGCCACCAGCAGGGGCCACCAGCAGGGGCCACCAGCAGGGGCCACCAGCAGGGGCCACCAGCAGGGGCCACCAGCAGGGGCCACCAGCAGGGGCCACCAGCAGGGGCCACCAGCAGGGGCCACCAGCAGGGGCCACCAGCAGGGGCCACCAGCAGGGGCCACCAGCAGGGGCCACCAGCAGGGGCCACCAGCAGGGGCCACCAGCAGGGGCCACCAGCAGGGGCCACCAGCAGGGGCCACCAGCAGGGGCCACCAGCAGGGGCCACCAGCAGGGGCCACCAGCAGGGGCCACCAGCAGGGGCCACCAGCAGGGGCCACCAGCAGGGGCCACCAGCAGGGGCCACCAGCAGGGGCCCACCAGCAGGGGCCACCAGCAGGGGCCACCAGCAGGGGCCACCAGCAGGGGCCACCAGCAGGGGCCACCAGCAGGGGCCACCAGCAGGGGCCACCAGCAGGGGCCACCAGCAGGGGCCACCAGCAGGGGCCACCAGCAGGGGCCACCAGCAGGGGCCACCAGCAGGGGCCACCAGCAGGGGCCACCAGCAGGGGCCACCAGCAGGGGCCACCAGCAGGGGCCACCAGCAGGGGCCACCAGCAGGGGCCACCAGCAGGGGCCACCAGCAGGGGCCACCAGCAGGGGCCACCAGCAGGGGCCACCAGCAGGGGCCACCAGCAGGGGCCACCAGCAGGGGCCACCAGCAGGGGCCACCAGCAGGGGCCACCAGCAGGGGCCACCAGCAGGGGCCACCAGCAGGGGCCACCAGCAGGGGCCACCAGCAGGGGCCACCAGCAGGGGCCACCAGCAGGGGCCACCAGCAGGGGCCACCAGCAGGGGCCACCAGCAGGGGCCACCAGCAGGGGCCACCAGCAGGGGCCACCAGCAGGGGCCACCAGCAGGGGCCACCAGCAGGGGCCACCAGCAGGGGCCACCAGCAGGGGCCACCAGCAGGGGCCACCAGCAGGGGCCACCAGCAGGGGCCACCAGCAGGGGCCACCAGCAGGGGCCACCAGCAGGGGCCACCAGCAGGGGCCACCAGCAGGGGCCACCAGCAGGGGCCACCAGCAGGGGCCACCAGCAGGGGCCACCAGCAGGGGCCACCAGCAGGGGCCACCAGCAGGGGCCACCAGCAGGGGCCACCAGCAGGGGCCACCAGCAGGGGCCACCAGCAGGGGCCACCAGCAGGGGCCACCAGCAGGGGCCACCAGCAGGGGCCACCAGCAGGGGCCACCAGCAGGGGCCACCAGCAGGGGCCACCAGCAGGGGCCACCAGCAGGGGCCACCAGCAGGGGCCACCAGCAGGGGCCACCAGCAGGGGCCACCAGCAGGGGCCACCAGCAGGGGCCACCAGCAGGGGCCACCAGCAGGGGCCACCAGCAGGGGCCACCAGCAGGGGCCACCAGCAGGGGCCACCAGCAGGGGCCACCAGCAGGGGCCACCAGCAGGGGCCACCAGCAGGGGCCACCAGCAGGGGCCACCAGCAGGGGCCACCAGCAGGGGCCACCAGCAGGGGCCACCAGCAGGGGCCACCAGCAGGGGCCACCAGCAGGGGCCACCAGCAGGGGCCACCAGCAGGGGCCACCAGCAGGGGCCACCAGCAGGGGCCACCAGCAGGGGCCACCAGCAGGGGCCACCAGCAGGGGCCACCAGCAGGGGCCACCAGCAGGGGCCACCAGGGGCCACCAGCAGGGCCACCAGCAGGGGCCACCAGCAGGGGCCACCAGCAGGGGCACCAGCAGGGGGCCACCAGCAGGGGCCACCAGCAGGGGCCACCAGCAGGGGCCACAGCAGGGGCCACCAGCAGGGGCCACCAGCAGGGGCCACCAGCAGGGGCCACCAGCAGGGGCCACCCGCAGGGGCCACCAGCAGGGCCCACCAGCAGGGGCCACCAGCAGGGGCCCGCCGGGCACCAGCAGGGGCCACCAGCAGGGGCCACCAGCAGGGGCCACCAGCAGGGGUCCACCCCCCCCCAGCAGGCCACCAGCAGGCCACCAGCAGGGGCCACAGCAGGGGCCACCAGCAGGUGCCACCAGCAGGGGCCACCAGCAGGGGCCACCAGCAGGGGCCACCAGCAGGGGGCCACCAGCAGGGGCCACCAGCAGGGGCCACCAGCAGUGGGCCAACCAGCAGGGCCACCAGCAGGGGCCACCAGCAGGGGCCACCAGCAGGGGCCACCAGCAGGGGCCACAGCAGGGGCCACCAGCUAGGGGCCACCAGCAGGGGCCACCAGCAGGGGCCACCAGCAGGGGCCACCAGCAGGGGCCACCAGCAGGGGCCACCAGCAGGGGCCACCAGCAGGGGCCACCAGCAGGGGCCACCAGCAGGGGCCACCAGCAGGGGCCACCAGCAGGGGCCACCAGCAGGGGCCACCAGCAGGGGCCACCAGCAGGGGCCACCAGCAGGGGCCACCAGCAGGGGCCACCAGCAGGGGCCACCAGCAGGGGCCACCAGCAGGGGCCACCAGCAGGGGCCACCAGCAGGGGCCACCAGCAGGGGCCACCAGCAGGGGCCACCAGCAGGGGCCACCAGCAGGGGCCACCAGCAGGGGCCACCAGCAGGGGCCACCAGCAGGGGCCACCAGCAGGGGCCACCAGCAGGGGCCACCAGCAGGGGCCACCAGCAGGGGCCACCAGCAGGGGCCACCAGCAGGGGCCACCAGCAGGGGCCACCAGCAGGGGCCACCAGCAGGGGCCACCAGCAGGGGCCACCAGCAGGGGCCACCAGCAGGGGCCACCAGCAGGGGCCACCAGCAGGGGCCACCAGCAGGGGCCACCAGCAGGGGCCACCAGCAGGGGCCACCAGCAGGGGCCCACCAAGCAGGGGCCACCAGCAGGGGCACCAGCAGGGCCACCAGCAGGGGCCACCAGCAGGGGCCACCAGCAGGGGCCACCAGCAGGGGCCACCAGCAGGGGCCACCAGCAGGGGGCCACCAGCAGGGGCCACCAGCAGGGGCCACCAGCAGGGGCCACCCAGCAGGGGCCACCAGCAGGGGCCACCAGCAGGGGCCACCAGCAGGGGCCACCAGCAGGGGCCACCAGCAGGGGCCACCAGCAGGGGCCACCAGCAGGGGCCACCAGCAGGGGCCACCAGCAGGGGCCACCAGCAGGGGCCACGAGCAGGGCCACCAGCAGGGGCCACCAGCAGGGGCCACCAGCAGGGUGCCACCAGAGGGGCCACCAGCAGGGGCCACCAGCAGGGGCCACCAGCAGGGGCCACCAGCAGGGGCCACCAGCAGGGGCCCACCCAGCAGGGGCCACCAGCAGGGCCACCAGCAGGGGCCACCAGCAGGGGCCACCAGAGGGGCCACCAGCAGGGGCCACCAGCAGGGGCCACCAGCAGGGGCCACCAGCAGGGGCCACCAGCAGGGGCCACCAGCAGGGGCCACCAGCAGGGGCCACCAGCAGGGGCCACCAGCAGGGGCCACCAGCAGGGGCCACCAGCAGGGGCCACCAGCAGGGGCCACCAGCAGGGGCCACCAGCAGGGGCCACCAGCAGGGGCCACCAGCAGGGGCCACCAGCAGGGGCCACCAGCAGGGGCCACCAGCAGGGGCCACCAGCAGGGGCCACCAGCAGGGGCCACCAGCAGGGGCCACCAGCAGGGGCCACCAGCAGGGGCCACCAGCAGGGGCCACCAGCAGGGGCCACCAGCAGGGGCCACCAGCAGGGGCCACCAGCAGGGGCCACCAGCAGGGGCCACCAGCAGGGGCCACCAGCAGGGGCCACCAGCAGGGGCCACCAGCAGGGGCCACCAGCAGGGGCCACCAGCAGGGGCCACCAGCAGGGGCCACCAGCAGGGGCCACCAGCAGGGGCCACCAGCAGGGGCCACCAGCAGGGGCCACCAGCAGGGGCCACCAGCAGGGGCCACCAGCAGGGGCCACCAGCAGGGGCCACCAGCAGGGGCCACCAGCAGGGGCCACCAGCAGGGGGCCACCAGCAGGGGCCACCAGCAGGGGCCACCAGCAGGGGCCACCAGCAGGGGCCACCAGCAGGGGCCACCAGCAGGGGCCACCAGCAGGGGGGCCACCAGCAGGGGCCACCAGCAGGGGCCACCAGCAGGGGCCACCAGCAGGGGCCACCAGCAGGGGCCACCAGCAGGGGCCACCAGCAGGGGCACCAGCAGGGGCCACCAGCAGGGGCCACCAGCAGGGGCCACCAGCAGGGGCCACCAGCAGGGGCCACCAGCAGGGGCCACCAGCAGGGGCCACCAGCAGGGGCCACCAGCAGGGGCCACCAGCAGGGGCCACCAGCAGGGGCCACCAGCAGGGGCCACCAGCAGGGGCCACAUGA